AUGACACAGUUUAGUACAAUAGAAGAAGAGGCACUAAUUUAUGGUUGGGUCAUAGCAAGCAACGAUUCGAUUCAUGAAAAAGAUCAAAAAGGUGCAAUAUUUUGGAGAAAGAUAAUGGAAGAAUACAAUAAAAGAAAAGGUCCCAAUGGUGUCGAAAGAGAUAGAAAGGCAUUACGAACAAAGUGUUACACAUUGAGAGCCGAAGUGAAAAAAUAUAUUUCAUAUAUUAGACCCUACUUCCGAAGUAGACCUACGGGGAUGACCGAGGAGGAUUAUUAUCGUCGUGGAAGAGAGAAUUAUGUAGCAGCGACUAAAAAACAAUGGACGCACGAAUCGAUUUUUCAGAUCCUGAAGACUUAUCAACCAAAUUACAAUCCAGUGGUGAAUAAUGAUGAUGGAGUCGGUACUUCUACUCAACCUAGUCAACAUACUCAAGCUACUGAAGAAAAUGAAGUUGAUAAUUUGGAUGAAGAAUUUCAAAAUAUGGCAAGGUUUGGUAGCUCUUCCUCUACUCAUAAUUCUGAAACCUCGGACAUAUCAAAGAGAAGGCAUUAUUUUGAACAAACAGAUGACGUUAGAAGUGAAGGGAGAGAUCAAGAAAAGAAAAGGGCUCAUGAAGAGUAUCUGAAGAAGGACAUGGAAAACUCUUCAAUUUUGGCACAAACGCAGCAAAGAGAAUCGGACAUGAAGAUCCUACGUCAACCCUUGGAUGAAUUACAAUAA